GAUACCAAGAGUGCUUCUCAGAACAUCAUUCUAAUUUUUUCUGGCCUUGAAGGCUAAACUCUAAUUUUCUUGAUCCCCAAUAAACUCUGCAGUCUGCGCAAUAAUAUAUAUAUUAUUGCUAUAUUCUUGUUAUUACUCUUGCAAGGAUGGCACUAAGUAACAAUGUCAUAGGAACCAUAAAUUUUGUGGCCAUGCUCCUCUCAAUUCCGGUGAUUGGAUCGGGUAUAUGGCUGGCAAUGGAGGCUGAUAAUUCUUGCGUCAAGAUCUUACAAUGGCCUGUUAUCAUAUUAGGAAUCUUGAUCUUGAUAGUAGCUCUUGCUGGUGUCAUAGGAGGCUUUUGGAGGGUCCAGCCUCUUGUUAUAUUCUAUUUCAUUGGCAUGAUAAUACUUAUAAUUUUACUAGCUUGUUUAGUGGUUUUCAUCCAUAUGGUCACAGCUAGAGGUUCUGGCCAUACUGAACCAAGCCGGUCUUAUAAAGAAUAUCAUCUUGACGACUUCUCUGGAUUUCUUCGUCGCAGAGUCAGAGGCUCUUAUAAGUGGGAUAGGAUAAGAAGUUGUCUUAGCUCUACAAGUAUGUGCGCCGAGUUGAAUCAGAGUUACCGUAUGGCUCAAGAUUUUUUUAAUGCACAUAUCACACCAUUGCAGUCAGGAUGUUGCAAGCCACCAACACAAUGUGGCUACACAUUUGUGAAUCCAACGUACUGGAUCAGUCCUAUAAACAACGCGGCGGACAUGGACUGUCUGCAAUGGAGCAAUGAACAAACGCAGUUAUGCUACGCCUGUGAUUCCUGCAAAGCUGGAUUACUAGAUAAUCUAAAGACUGAAUGGAGGAGGGCGAACAUAAUCUUGAUUAUUACCCUUGUGGCAUUGAUUAUCGUUUAUUUGAUGGGAUGUUUUGCUUUCAGGAAUGCUAAAACUGAAGAUCUUUUUCGCAAAUACAAACAGGGGUAUACUUAACUAAGUUGUAAAAUUAAGUACCGUUUGUUAUCUCCUCUGCUAAGUGAAGAUCAUCAGCAAUUAGAUGAAGAGGUUGAGAUGUAAUGAAUGUACCUUCUUUUUAUGGCUAGUUACGAGAAAGUCCAUGCUUUUUAGUUGAUUAAUAUAUUAAAUGCAUUUUUUA